UAGUCAGCAACUUAUAUAGCUCAAGGCAACCAUUGCAGCCCAUACGCACACGCCCACCAACUUUGACCGCCAUCUCUCUCAACGAUGGAUCCCUCGUCCUCAGCCGCCGCCCUCAGGGCAGAAAUAGCUAGACUUACAGGUGCCAUUGAGCAACGCAAGACCCAAGCAAACGCAAGUUCAAGUGUAUACCCACCAAGCCGUCCGAGGCAUAAUGUUUACGUCAACCCUAACUACAAGCCUCCUAGUCGACAAGUCCCCAUAUCAAAACCGAUAGCAGGACCGCCUAUACCUGCAGUUACCGCGAAUCCUACCCCGAAGGAAGUUGUCAUCGGUGGUGUAGCUUUUGAAUCGUCAGGCAGGUCAUUAGUUCGCAAAGAUCUUCCAAAGCCUCCUGCGAGCUUGAAACCGCCACCAACAACACGUCCGAUUCGCCGCUCCUCCGCUUUCGCUAAGACUCGUGGAAGUAUUGUUCGACCGUACAAGCCCAAGUCAAGUCGAGGUCGUAAUAUGACUUUGAAUAAUUCUCGACGUCCCUUCCCGUUCGUUCACCCGAAGCGAUUAAGCUCGACCUAUGCCCUGCUAACUGUGUCUUACAGACGUCGAGUUUCAAACAAACGGAAGUACAUUGAAAAGCCAUGUCCUCGAUUCACCACCACCGGUGCGUGCUCAUUGAUCCAUGCAACAACCAUCUCAAGGCACCUCCGGGGCGUCAUAUCUACUCAUCGUUUUCUCCUCACAGGUGCCUGCAACCGUGGUCUCACCUGCCCAUACCAACACGAUCCCGCCAAGAUCGCCAUUUGCUGGAACUUUCUCCAAGGCAACUGCCCCAAUACCUCCGAGACUUGCAAUCUUUCACAUGAUCCAACGCCCGAACGUACUCCCCUCUGUGUCCAUUUUGCAAACAAUGGUCGCUGUACUCGUCAGAAUUGUCCUUUCCCACAUGUUCGCGUCGGUCAACGUCAUGGCGUCUGCCGUGACUUCGCCGUGUUGGGCUACUGUGAGAAAGGUUUAGACUGUGAUAAGCAACAUGUACGCGAGUGCCCAGAUUUCGCGGAACACGGCGCUUGCACGACUAAGGGAUGCAAGCUUCCGCAUGUCAUCAGGGCCAGUCGGACUCGCAAGACGGCUGCUGUUCCUCCUGCAAGUUCUCCCUCCUCUGGUACUGGUACCCCGCACGGUUCUACUAAUCCUUCUGCUGCUGCUUCUGACGUUGACUCUGGUGAUACUACUGGGGCUAACAGUGUUUCCGGUUCUCAUCAGGUUUACGCAGAAGAUGCACAGUUGGGAGAUGAGUAUAUCUCUCUUACUUUCCAUGAAAGUGAGAGCGACAGUGAUGAAAAUAGUGUCGAUGAUGAAGAUGAGGACGAGGAAGCAGCAGAUGAGCAGAAUGAAGAUAUAGACAUGGCUAUUCAUGAUGAUGACGCCUGAUGCGUGUGGUGAGCGGACUAUGUAUGGUCGUAUUUAUGUAGCCAUGUACUGCUUCCUUGGAAGAAGUGUAUUAUUGCAGCAUUUGAAUACAAGUAAUUUCCUGUACUUUUCUUCCCUCAGGGCUACGCAUGGAGGGAACAACACAAGCAAGGCCAAUUCCCCACCGUGAUCCAUUCAACUUCAGGGAUGUUCGUGAGCUAUUGUAAGCUCAUGUGUGAAGACAAUGUACCCAUCUCCCGACGGCGAGCAAACAUGAAUAGAGACAAGUACUCGAGUAUGUCUUAUGCCUCAGUUAGUUCGCGCAAGCGACGAACGGUGCUAUGAAUGCCCUUGCUCAGACAUCUCGAGUUCCGGAUGGACGACUAACUCAACGCACCUGCGGACAGUAGCGGCAGCGGUUGUCGAAACCGUCCAAGCGCCAC